UCCCCGGCGCGCGCCCGCCCGCUCGCCCCCGGCCCCGGCUCCUCCUCCUCCUCUUCUCGCCAUUGCAGUUGGACUCAGCAGCCCGGUGCGCACCGCGUGGCUUUUGGGGGCAGACCCCGGUGGGCUCUGGCAGGAGGGCAGCGGCCGCGGUCGGAGAACGGGACGCGGACGAGAUUACCUGCCAUGGCUGCACUUUUGUAAGAAUUCUUCAGUUUGCUAUGCACUUAAAAAAGAACUAUUAAGGAAAUUUUCAGACACGCACAGUGAUCACCAUUCUGCCCAUCUCCAUCUUCAAAAGACUCCUUCCUGAGGCAGCACCGCUUUCCUCCUGCGAGAUUAUCUGACUGCUCAGACUCCUCCGCCGAUGAAAUACAUGAAACUAAAAAAGAUUUUCUGAUCUUAUAGAUAGUUGAAGUAUUGAUAACACCAAGGAAAUCUGUCACAAUUUGAAAAGAUAAGCAAAAAUUUGAUUUCCAGACACUACAGAUAAAGAGAAGUAAAAAUGCGUCCAGUGCGAAUUUUUGUGAAUGAUGAUCGCCAUGUGAUGGCAAAGCACUCUUCCGUUUACCCAACACAAGAGGAGCUGGAGGCAGUCCAGAACAUGGUGUCCCACACAGAGCGGGCUCUCAAAGCUGUGUCGGACUGGAUCGAUGAGCAGGAGAAAGGCAGCAGCGACCAUGCCGAGUCUGAGAAUGUGGAUGUGCCCGCGGAAGACGAGGGAAAAGAAGGGGCUGGGGAGCAGAAGACAGAGCACAUGACCAGAACCCUGAGGGGAGUGAUGCGUGUUGGCCUCGUGGCAAAGGGCCUUCUGCUCAAGGGGGACUUGGACUUGGAGCUGGUGCUGCUGUGUAAGGAGAAGCCCACAACCGCCCUCCUGGACAAGGUGGCUGACAACCUGGCCAUCCAGCUCACUGCAGUCACAGAUGACAAGUAUGAAAUACUCCAGUCUGUUGAUGACGCUGCGAUUGUGAUAAAAAACACAAAAGAGCCUCCAUUGUCCCUGACCAUCCACCUGACCUCCCCUGUUGUCAGAGAAGAAAUGGAGAAAGUAUUAGCUGGAGAAACGCUAUCAGUCAACGACCCCCCGGACGUUCUGGACAGGCAGAAAUGCCUUGCUGCCUUGGCGUCCCUCCGACACGCCAAGUGGUUCCAGGCCAGAGCCAACGGGCUGAAGUCGUGUGUCAUUGUCAUCCGGGUCCUGAGGGACCUGUGCACCCGAGUGCCCACCUGGGGUCCCCUCAGAGGAUGGCCCCUCGAGCUUCUCUGUGAGAAGUCCAUCGGCACAGCCAACAGACCCAUGGGUGCCGGCGAGGCCCUGCGGAGGGUGCUGGAAUGCCUGGCUUCGGGCAUCGUCAUGCCAGAUGGUUCUGGCAUUUAUGACCCUUGUGAAAAAGAAGCCACUGAUGCUAUUGGGCAUCUAGACAGACAGCAACGGGAAGAUAUCACACAGAGUGCGCAGCACGCACUGCGACUAGCUGCGUUCGGCCAGCUCCAUAAAGUACUUGGUAUGGACCCUCUGCCAUCUAAGAUGCCCAAGAAACCAAAGAAUGAAAACCCAGUGGACUAUACGGUUCAAAUACCCCCCAGCACCACCUACGCCAUUACGCCCAUGAAACGCCCGAUGGAGGAAGAUGGAGAGGAAAAGUCUCCUAGCAAAAAGAAGAAGAAGAUUCAGAAAAAAGAGGAGAAGGCAGAGCCUCCACAAGCGAUGAAUGCCCUGAUGAGACUGAACCAGCUCAAACCAGGGCUGCAGUACAAACUGAUUUCCCAGACCGGUCCCGUGCACGCCCCCAUUUUCACCAUGUCAGUGGAGGUGGAUGGCAGCUCCUUCGAGGCCUCUGGGCCCUCCAAAAAGACUGCCAAGCUGCACGUGGCUGUGAAGGUGUUACAGGACAUGGGCUUGCCCACGGGUGCUGAAGGCAGAGACUCCAGCAAAGGGGAGGACUCAGCUGAGGAGGCAGAGGCGAAGCCCGCCGUGGUGGCCCCUCCACCUGUGGUGGAGGCCGUCUCCACCCCCAGUGCCGCCUUCCCCUCGGACCCCACCACCGAGAACGUAAAACAGCAGGGGCCGAUCCUGACCAAACAUGGCAAGAACCCCGUCAUGGAGCUCAACGAGAAGAGGCGCGGCCUCAAGUACGAGCUCAUCUCAGAGACGGGUGGCAGCCACGACAAACGCUUUGUCAUGGAGGUCGAGGUGGAUGGGCAGAAGUUUCAGGGUGCUGGCUCAAACAAAAAGGUGGCCAAAGCAUAUGCCGCCUUGGCUGCACUAGAAAAGCUGUUCCCUGACGCCCCUCUCUCCCUGGAGGCCAACAAGAAGAAGAGAGCCCCUGUGCCUGUGAGAGGUGGCCCAAAAUUUGCUGCUAAGCCACAUAACCCUGGGUUCGGCAUGGGGGGCCCCAUGCACAAUGAAGUGCCCCCACCCCCCAACCUCCGAGGACGGGGAAGAGGAGGGAACAUCCGUGGUCGAGGGAGAGGGAGAGGAUUCGGUGGUGCCAACCAUGGAGGCUACAUGAAUGCUGGUGCCGGGUAUGGCAGCUACGGGUAUGGAGGCAACUCAGCGACUGCUGGCUACAGUCAGUUCUACAGCAACGGAGGGCAUUCGGGGAAUGCCGGUGGUGGCGGCGGCGGGGGCGGUGGUGGCUCUUCUGGCUACGGUUCCUACUACCAAGGUGACAACUACAACUCCCCAGUGCCCCCAAAACACGCCGGGAAGAAGCAGCCGCACGGGGGCCAGCAGAAGCCCUCAUAUGGCUCAGGCUACCAGCCCCACCAAGGCCAGCAGCAAUCCUACAGCCAGAGCCAGUACAGCAACUACGGGCCCCCGCAGGGCAAGCAGAAAGGCUACAAUCAUGGACAAGGCAACUAUUCCUCAUACUCCAACUCCUACGGCUCCCCUGGAGGCGGAGGCGGAUCCGACUACAGCUACGAGAGCAAAUUCAAUUACAGUGGUAGUGGAGGCAGAAGCGGCGGGAACAGCUACGGCUCAGGCGGAUCGUCCUACAACCCAGGGUCACAUGGGGGCUACGGAGGCUCUGGGGGUGGCUCCUCAUACCAAGGCAAACAAGGAGGCUACUCAUCACAGUCGAACUACAACUCCCCAGGGUCCGGCCAGAAUUACAGCGGUCCUCCCAGCUCCUACCAGUCAUCACAAGGGGGCUAUGGCAGAAACGCAGACCACAGCAUGAACUAUCAAUACAGAUAAAGCCCCCAAGGGGGUGAAGAUUUGUACCUUCUGCACUUACCCUCCCAUUGUAAGAUUCAGUUUUAUGCAUCACAGUUAACAUGUCAGCCGGCCUUUCCAGGCCCCUCCGCCCUCCCCUGUCCACGUUGCCGUGUCGUGAGGUGCAGCUGGUCACCCCCGUGACCCGUCCUGUGACCCAUAUUUAGCCGUGUUUGGGACUCCGUGUCUUCAAUGGUUUGUUAGUUGCCAUUACAACUUUGUCUGAGUAGAGUUUUUUGAGUUCUUGGAGUUAAGUAUCCCUCUGUCUAUUUACGAUUGGUGUUAGUGUUAACUCAGUUUGUCUUUAAAUAGUCACGGAAGGGAUACGUCAUCUGUUAAUGCUUUUGUGAAGUGAGUUAAACGAGCUUUCUGUAUUUUAAUGCUUUAGUGUUUCAGUUUUAUAAGUGAAGAUUUUAUUUUAAAAACCAGUGGGAAAGAGUGGGGUUUCUUUUUUUUUUUUUGGUAUGUCUGCAUCAUUCAGGCAGUACAUCUGAAUUGAGCUGAAUGUAGACAAAUAAAGAAAAAACAAAACUCUGCGCCCGUCGUAGCCCUGGGUGUCUGGCCCACCCGCAGCAGGAUGGGCAGGGUGCCGCCACCCUGUUCCCAGCGCAGGAAGGCAGGGUGUGGGGGCAGGGCAGCUCCUGGUCACCAGAGAGGUCCAGGGCCAGUGACCCAGUGUCCUGGGAGCUUGCAGACCCGGUGCUGCAACGGCUCCGUAACCUCCGUUCUCCCGACGGCCUGCAGGGCAGCUUCCGGAGGCCCACACUGCUGUUUAGGUUUUGCUCACACAUAAUUGGGCAGGGUUUAUUUUCUACUCCAUGAAUUCUAAUAGAGUUUUUAAGUGCAGUUUCAAAUUCACCGUGGAGUAAGGUGAUUCCCGUACUUCGGUACACAUAGCCGACUUUGAAGAAGCCCAGCUGAAUCUGGCUGAAGGUUCCCAAGAUCUGGGGAAUGCAGCCCCAGAACCAUCCCUGCAAGCAGGGCACUUCAUGUCUCCAGCAGCCCCUGCCUGGGGUCUGUUCCACUGAGUACACUUUUGGGAUGCCUCUCCAUCUUGGGCAUUUGCACAGUGUUUGGGAGACAUUGUCACCUAGGGGUUAUCAAUGUGCAGAUGGAAGAGCGGCCACCCCCCUCCCCAAGCAGCCCUUCUCAACUCCGGCCCUGCCCCAGGGAGAGAGUGGUGGUACCUGCCUGUCUGGAAGGAGCCCCUCGGUGAGGCCUGGGACCGCCUGUCUGCAGAAGCCCAUCUAGUCCUGCCUCUCCACUCUUAUAGACUGUGUACUGUUCAAGUUCUGAGCACCAGGUGGCAGCCUGGCCUCCCACGCUUGGUUAACGUCAGCCAUUGGAAGAAGUGUGAACCAUUCUUGACGCAGAGUCACUCAACUGAGGCAGAAACCAUCCAGCAUGCCUUCAGAGGAUAAAGAUUUGCCUCCUUGGGGAGGUGAAGGAAAGGUGAUUGCACUAAAUAAAAAAACAUCAUAAGAAUUUUGUCAGCUGCCAGAGCAGAGGAGGCUCUGGAUAUCAAAUGGUCCAGCUUGGGGAAUGGGGCCUGAAGUGCCCUGGUAUCCCUUCAGCAUAUGUGCUAGUGGAGAUCGAUUCAGGGGCUCCACCGAGAGAGACCCACACGAGACCCCUGGGAUCCUGUGCUUGAGAUGAUAAAGAUGUGGGCAGAAGCUGUGUCACUCAGAAGUCCAUGGCGAGGAACACUCCUGUACCGCCUGCCACAUGAUUUUAGCUCUGGACCUGCAUUCUCCACACAGGUUUCACCGUGGGUUUCCCAACAGCAUCCGCCGCCACUGUUCACGUUUCUGGAUGCUGACACCACAAGGGACACCAUCUCAAGAUCAAAGAAGGCAGCGGAGGAAGAUGUCCCUGUGGUGACACGUCUUCAGGGACUUGGGACUUGCUGCCAUGGUCCUCUUGGGGGAAGGCUGGGGCCCGGGUGGCUUAUCUUUGAUGGAGGCCUGACCGAGUCCCUCCCACAGUCAGGACAAGUUUAUUGGGAAGAAGCAGGAUUGCCGUCUUGCCGCCUCCAGCUCCUGGUUGCUCCAGGCAUUCCUUAGCUUGUGACAGCAUCAUGCCAGUCUCCGCCUGUAUCUUCACAUGAACUUUUCCUGUGAGUCUUUGCGUAAGGACACCAGUCACUGGAUUUGGGCGCACCCUGGUCUAGGAUGCAUUCUUGCCAUGAUCCUUUUUGAAAAAAAACCUAAAAAGAUGUGUUCCCAGGUAAAGUUAGGUUCACAGGUAUUGGUGGUUAGGAAUUGGACAGACCUGUUUGGGGAAACACUUCAACCCAGUACAAGGCUGGGUAAAGGUUCUACCCUCCAUUGGUGCCACAGCCCUGGAAGCUUGUCAGCCACAGUUAGGAUUACUGUAGUCAGGUGUGGGCAGCACAGAGCCAACAGCAUCUUUUCAGCAAGGUGAGUACCUGUCUGAGGAGCCCACUUGUGAUCACAGAUCCCUCAUCACCCUGACUCUGCUCAGGGACCUUGGUGGCGGUGAUGCAGCUGACCAUGGACAGUAUCCCAGCCCUUGGGACCUACCACCACAGGAAGCUGGAUUCAGCAAGCUGUGGCUACACCUUAGCAUGGAGAAGGCCUUGCUGCUCACACCUCACCUCUUCAGAGCUGAUCCAGGCUUUCCCAGGCCUGUUGCCCUCUAAGCCUUGGAGGCCAGUGUGGAAGAGGUGGUCUCCAGCGCCUCCUCAGCCAUGGCCAUGGUGGGCAACAGCUGGCUUAUGGAGAGACACGUUGGCCCACGUCUCGCUGGAGGAUGGUGUCGUGUCUUUGAGCCACCAGCAGACAGCACCAGGAGCCUCAGCACAAGGACCGAUUGGUGGCCCGCACCCUUAGCAAGAUGAUCAGGACAGGGAACUUGGUGGAUAGGCCACGGGGGUCAGUGACCUGGGACCAGACGCCACCUUGAAGGGUGCUUUCGGAGGGAAGGUAGGAAGGGAGAAAGUAUUAUGACUUUAACGCCUCAUGGUGGAAAGAGAUGAUGUCACAGGGAAGGAUAGGCCCUUGCCAGGAAUUUGUACUGGUCACAGGGUGUAAGUACUGGGGACUAGUGACCUCUGAUGAAAGAGGGCCUUUAGUAGCAAUGGUGGAGACAAAAGUCAGGGACAUACACCUCUCUAGACUUGCAGUUACCGGGGCCCUGGUUGUGCCUAGGUGCAGUCUGAGCUGCCCAACUACCUUCUACUCUAACAGGGAAACAUUCAUUUGUUCUCUGUCUGACCAUUAGCCGGUUCUGGUGUAGUCAGCUGGGCUGUCCAGCCUCAGGAUUCAGUGUCCAGGUGUGAGCCUUAUGGGGCUCUUCCUUCCCUUCACAGGCCUGUUCUAAAACCUCUGGACACAACUUUGGACAGCAAUGCAGCACGCAUUUUUGGCUGAAAUGCUCAUUCUAACCCACUCCAGAAUAAAUGAAAAUUUACUGUG